AUGGAAAAACUAUUCAGAAACCAGGAGUUGAAUGUUAGUGUAAGAACCGUGAGGUGGGGCGGUGAGGUACUCUUCUAUGCAAAAGACGUGGCAGAGUCCUUAGGGUACGCUGAUACGAAGAGGGCAGUCCAGAAACUUGUUAGGAAUCAAAAUAAGGUAAGCGUAUACGAGCUACGCAAGGGAGGCGAUCUGUCUCCCUUCAAAAAAUGUCACCCACAAAUGAUCCUGCUAUUUGAACCUGGUUUGUAUCAACUAAUAUGUACCUCAAGGCUUCCAAUAGCGGAGGACUUUCAGGAUUGGGUAUUUAAGGAAGUCCUACCAUCUAUCCGUAAAACGGGCUCAUAUGAAUUACCAGAUAGAAGGUCACUUAGAUAUAACCAGAUGAUCCUCAUAAACGAAACGGACCUUCAUAAUACAGUUGUGAGUUACAUUAGGAAUAAUCACCCAGAGGCUGUAAUAAUACCUGGCCUAGGUGAGUACCAGGAUACAGUGUCAAAGAGAUGUGAUGCUUGGAAGAAGGGAUAUAAAGGUGGCCAGCCUGAUCUUAUUAUAGAGAAUCCUAUGGGAAAGUACAGAGGAUUCGCAAUUGAAUUUAAGUCUCCUAAGGGCACCGGAAUUACAAGUGAGAAGCAAGCAUUAUGGCUUGAAAGACUGAUGAAAAUAGGAUACGCAACAAUGAUAUCGGAUGAUCUAGUGAAAGCUUGUAUUAGAAUUAACGAGUACUUUUCACUUAAGAAAAGGGUAAGGAAAGUUGCAGCGAAAAAUACAGUUUGCGAUGUAAAGCUGUACAAGCCAAGGUUUAAAUCACACAAGUACUAG